UUAGGCGUGCAUCCGUGUCCAUGGGAACAAGACGUCAAAGUCUCGGUAUGUCUCGCGGGAUUGUUUGCAAACAGUCCAAAAUGGCACCCAAGUAUCCAGACGAAGUUGAUGUUUUCACUGUGCCACACUCAAGGAUGAAGCAGCUUGUACAGAAAUAUUUUGACAUGGUUUCGUCUACCAACUUCCGCGAUGCUGUGUGCAUGACGAACAUGUUGGAAAAUCUGCUGCAUACUUUUAAUGAGUUCAAGAUGCACGAGCAAAUUGAAAACCACUUUAUCAUGAAAAGAUUGAAGGAAAAGAUGAAUGCUCUACAUAUCAGAGAUGCAAAAGUCUGCAAUUGUCACUCAGACAAUCGAUUGACAGAAAUGCUGACAUUGGUCCUGGAGGGUUACCGCUGUGCACAGUGUAGUGAGCAGGAUCGAGAGAAGUAUGGAGAUACACUGCGUCAAGCCCUUGAGGAAUUCACCCAGGUCUUUAUUCCACAUAUGGAAGAAGAAGAAGAGGUGUUUCAGCCAAUGCUUGUUGAGUACUUUACUUAUGAUGAGCUAAAGGAACUGAAGGCCAAAGUCAUUCAGAAACACUUGGAAAAGGAAUAUGAAAAAGACAGCACUGCUGCCAGUGAUGAUGCACCAGAAAAAGAUGAUGGGCAGGUGCAGGAUAGAAUCUUGCCUAGUGAGAUUAUGAUCAAGAUCUUCUCCUACUUGUCGCCCAUUGACUUAUGCAGGUGUGCACAAGUAUCAAAAAGAUGGAGUGAGCUUGUUAUGGAUCCUGUACUCUGGCCAGCUAUCUAUCCUGUGCACUGGGCUUCAGGUGACUGGAGCUUUAAGCCACUGGAGAAGGAAGACGAUGAAGAAGCUUUGGCAUCACAAUAUGAGGAAUAUUACUGUGGUGAUGAUGAAGAUGCAGAUGUGGAUGAAAGCACUGAUGCUAAUUUUAACCCUGAUGAUGAAGUCCAGGCAGAACAUAAGCAGGCUAUACGAGAAGUACAAAUUCUCUCGGGACUGGUGAAGUACGUAUUGCCAAAGGUAGGUACAGGAGUUGAGACGUGUAAUUUGAGCCACAGCUGUGGAGUGAGCAGUAGUCACGUACACAAGGUACUGAAGCUAUGCCCCAACCUGCUGCACCUUGACCUCAGUCACACCAAGGUCAUGGAUACUGCCUUCAAGGAGUAUGGUUACAAGAGAGGCACUGGCAAGUUGCGUCACCUGGAUCUGACUGGCUGCGAAAACAUUACUGACCUCACAUUGCACAGUCUGGCAGGAAUUGGGAUUCCUCCUUCUGAUGAGCUGUCUCCAGCUCCUGCACCUAACAAUCGUGUCGCCUGGAGAGCAGCAGGCUUGUGCAGCAGAAACUGUUGCAUGGGAGCUGUCAAAAUGGGCAUAUCUGAUGUUGACAAAAUUGUGAUGAAACCCUCCUCUCUUCAUGAUGGGAAGAUCAUUGUACAGAAGGAUCCUUCUCUCACUGAUCUAGCAUUUCUGUGUGACUUGGAAUGCUGGCAGACAUUUGGCCAACAGUGUGGAAAUGAGGGCAAGGGGAAGAAGAUUCUCAUAAGCCAAGAAUGUGGUACAAAAAAAGACACUUCAUCCUGUUGUUCCACAAUCUGGCGAAAGAAGGACAAAGGACAAACAGCAAAGCAAGGGACAGUUUGCUGUGAGAGCAGUUGUGUGCAAAAUUCUUCUGGCAGUUGUGAUGUAAACGAGACUUGUAAUCCUGCUGAGGGUAACUCCAUAACUCACGCUUUGCACAAUCUCACCUUUCUCAGCCUGAACAGUUGUUUCAAGAUCACCGAUGAAGGUCUCAGGGCGCUAUCUAAAAGAGGUGGUCUGCCAUACCUGCAGCAUUUAGAUCUGUCGGGGUGCCUGAACAUCUCAGGACUCGGAGUUGCAGCUCUGGCAGACACAUGCCAUGCCCUUGACCAUGCUCACCUCUAUUACUGUGACAACAUGUAUCCAGAUCCAUUUCCAACCUCUGCCAGUGGUUGUCGAAACCUUCAGUGUAGAUUUCGCACAUGCUGUCGCUCUGGAGAGUAACAAACCAUGCUCCUUAUGAGUGUGGAGUGAAGGAAAGAGUCGCCGGACAAAGACACUGGUGGUCUGGUGCGUUCAUCAACACAGCAAAGGGGAACCAAUGGGUUUGGUUUGCCAGUUCCAGACACUAGUUUCUCACAUAUCACUGUCUCGCUGUCGCCUUUAAUAUUGGGUUUGGCCUUUCGUCACCCACCCACCCCCCUCACUCUCCACCCCGCAUAGCGUGUGAGGGCCGAAUGUCGGGGUAGUGGGAGCUGUAGUUCCUCAUUCAUGUUCUCCACCGUUCUUCUCGCCUCGAGAUAUGUUCACUCUUUGUUAUUACAGUCUCAUGAUUAGCUAUUUAAUGACGCGUUCAACAUUUUUUAAAUAAGUAAUCUCGAAUUGUUAUCAAAGAAAGCCAUUUAAUGACUGCAUUUUUUUAAAAAUAAAUAAUCUUGAAAUGUUAUCGAAAAAACUCAUUUUUGUCAUUUUUAUUUUGAAACUUUUUUCUGUUGACGUUUCAAUGCACCCAGCUUUGCAGCUUUCUUGGCAUUUUUUGUACACUUUCUCGUCUUUUGUGCCCUUCGGUAGUCUUGUUGCAUUUUGAUGGUGUUCAGCUUUGCUGCUUGGCUUUUUAUAGAUUUCUCCACAUUUCUUAGUGACUACCCAGUAGAUUUGCAGUUAACGACAAAUAUGAGGAAAAUGUACAUCGUCACCUUAUACAUGUAUGCACACAAGUUGUUGCGCAUUAUAGAGAUUUUAAGUAUUUGAUGAGUCGGGCACGCCGGUUAUUUUUCUGUCUUCAGUUCCUUUUUUUUUUUUUGGCCUCUAUUUGCAUUUUGGAGGAGUUUGUUCUCGUACAGCUAUUCUUGUCAUCCUUCGUGCUGUUGUUCUUUGUCGCGUGUCAUUCACCUGGGUAGUCUUAUUCAUGAUUUAUUGUCUUGUCCUCUUUCUGCUAUUUUUGUAUCUAACUAACCCAGACACCCCUGGGUAGACGAGGUUUAUCAAGACUAGUCCAUGCGUCCGACUUUGCCAGUCCGUGUGGGCUAACCCCACUGGGUAGACAAAUGUUAUCAAUACUAUCUCACGCGUCCGACUUUCCCAGUCUGUGUGGGUCCAACCCCCAUCGGUGGACAAUCUUUAUCAGUGGGAGGGUUUGCUUCCUAUUUACCCAUCCUGUAUGGACUAACCUCCUGGGAAGACGAGCCCUUGUCUGUCCGGUGUUGUGACAUUAUUGUUGCGUUUUGUGUCGGUCGUCCCAUACAAGCAUUUUUACUUUGGCGGCCGGGUCGGUCAUGUAGGGUUGGAGGUCGAGGGAGUGGGUCACUCCGCAGGACAAACGUGAACUACUUGCAGGAUUAUCAAGCAGCAGGCUGUCUUUCUAAGCCUCCCGCAAGUCUAUGAAUUAACAGGUGUUGUCACCGAGAUUCACGAGUCCUUUUAUCGUCUUUUUUUAAAAAGCCAGUUAAUAAUGCUCGAGUCAGUAUAUUGUCCUUUCCAGCCGGUUAUCAGAAAGUCAAGUCAGCGCCGUGUCCAAGUAGUUAAAGAUACCAGUCAGCGUGGCGUCCUGCCCAGCUACUGACAGUCAUCAAACCACUGGGUAACAGUGAAGCUGAUCACCUGAUCAGCCCGUGGGCGAGUUGAAAAGACUGUAAAUAAUCGAUUUCAAGCGCCCGGGGUCUAAUAACGGUCCUUACUUUCCAAAGUCUUUCUACAUGCCGGUUAACUACAGCAUCUGUCGCCAUCACUCGCUAUGCUCAGUCUGUGAAGUACUGUCGUCGCAGGUCAAGGUAUGGGAUUUAUUGAUGGUGCCCGUUUGUCCGAGUUACCCUGUACAGGUUGUCUUUGAUGUGUCCGGUUCACAACAACAGAACACACCGCGCAGAGAAUCCCUAUCUCUCUUCUUGGAAAAAGCCUCCCUCCACCCAACUAACCCUCCCAACUAACCAAAAACAAAACAAAAAAACUACGCAAGUCGGGUCUGCUGCAUGUGUUUGUAACAACUGGCUUUAACUACUGUUUUCAAAGUCGGAACAGUUGGUUAAAUUAUUUGUUUUAUGAAAACAUAUUUUUUAUGAUCUUUUUGUUCGGCAAACAUUUUUUGUGCGUUUCUCGGGCUUUCCUCUUCUGUAUCCACGUUAUAGUUUUCGUUUUCUUCAGCUUCGCUUUUCUGUUAGUCCUUUUUAAUGGAUACACAUACUGCUAGUGGCAGGAGGAAGGGCUUUUAUUACUAAUUUGUUAUUGCACUGUUUUUGAUGAUGGUGGGGACGAUGAUGAUGACAACGACAGUAGACAUGAGGCUGUUGAUUAUCGAGGGACGCGACCAUCCUCUGGAGUCUAGGCUACAUGUUCUAGCAAGAAGUGAGUCUGUGGGUCUAGGGAGUAAAAGGGAUGCAAGUUUCUGUAAAGUAUCUGAUGUGCUCAGCGGGCCAGUCGGGCCACUGGCAGAACUGUUUUGUUACAUGUUUCAUAAGGAAAUAAUCUUUGUAUUCACUGACUCUGUUUCAUUAAAUUUCUACAACUAUG